AGUGUGACUUGUAUAUGUGUGGUACCAGUGCCUUCUGCCCGAAAUUUCAUUCGUUGUUUGGCCGUGUAUUCAUGGAUAGUGUUUUUUGUGUGAAAGAAAGAAAAGAGUAUAUAAUAUAGUAUGCAUGAUUAAAACGUAAAUUGCAUUGAAAAAAAGAGUGAAACAAUCGUGCAAAAAAGGAAAAAAAAUACGCAAAAAUUAAACGGAAACAGUGGAAAAUUUGUCUGACAUCAAAACAUCGCAGCGAGCAAAUGAGAAAAAAAGAAACGCAAACACCUGAGUCUCCAUAACACACAACACACAACGGACGAAAGAGAAGAUCACUUUGCUCUUCGAGGGCCGUUUUUAUUAUUUGUUGUUGUUUCAAUUGGAAAUGGCUAGUGGUAGUGGCAGCAGCGGUGAAAACAGCCAAGAUUCACGAUGGUAUUUCACAGCAGCACAAUUACAAAAUUCGCCAAGCAGAAGCCAAGGCAUCGACGCCGAAAAGGAAAUAGAACUCAGACAACAAGCCGCUUGCUUGAUUCAAGAAAUGGGACAACGGCUUCGAGUCGAUCAAUCAUGUAUAAAUACGGCUAUAGUUUAUAUGCAUCGAUUCUAUGUAUUUCAUUCAUUUGCAAAAUUUCAUCAAAAUGGUAUUGCGAUGGCUAGUUUGUUGCUAGCUGCAAAAGUGAAAGAGCAACCAAGAACGAUGGAGUCUGUAACAAAUGCCGCACAAGCAUGCACGCCAGGAGCAGUUGAAAACCGAACAAGUGAAGCCCACGCUGAGCAAGAACAAGACUUAGUUUUCAAUGAAAAUGUACUUUUGCACACAUUGGGUUUCGAUGUACACGUUAAACAUCCUCAUAUGCAUAUUGUCAAAACAUGCUACCUAAUUAAAGCGUGUGAGGAUUUAACCCAUACCGCAUAUGCCCUAGCAUCGAACAGCUUGCAUUUGACGACGAUGUGUCUACAGUACAGGCCAACUGUAGUUGCGUGCUUCUGUAUAAAUCUCGCCUGCAAAUGGACUAGGUGGGAGAUUCCACAGUCAACAGAAGGUAUGGAUUGGUUUUAUUAUGUCGAUAAAAACGUCACGAUGGAACUGCUAGAACAGUUACAGGAUGAAUUUAUGGCCAUUUAUGAACGAAGCCCGGCAAGACUAAAGAACAAAUUGUGUUCAACGAUAAGAAAUGCAAUGAGUAGUGGAAGAUCUACAAUCAAUUCGCAAAGUGGAACACAUAAUUCAGGACCACGGCAUCGAUCAUCUAGUCAUCAUUCGAGUGAGAAACAAUUAAUAAAAAUCGACAAUCGAUCACAAUCACUUUCCAUAUCAACAUUCACAAUUGGAUUAAAAACGUACACUAUCAAAAUUUUCAAAAUUUUUGUGCUAGUAUUUCUCGUGAUAUACGGAAUUCACGGCAUUUUUUCAUCAUUUUCUGAUGAAAGCGAAGACAAAAAUGAAGUUGUGGUCUGAAAAAGAACCAACCACAACAAAUCGAAAUUCAUUUCAUGUUUAGUUAAUAGUACAUUUGAAAAAACGACAACAUUUUCUGGUUUUCGAGCUCAGUUGGCUACGCCAAUGAUUAUUAUCGUUGCAAAGUGGCGAACCUGUUUGGAACUUUUAGUAUUUUUCAAAUGAAUUUCUAGUAUAAAUAGACCGAAAUGAGGACGUCAUAAGGUGUUUAUAGUAUCGGUUUGAAAUUACCUUCAUAAUGUCAUUGGAAAAAACAGUAAUUUUUGAUAUAAAAUAAAGAAACGUUAAAAUACAAAUCCAAGGAAAGUUGCUUCAUAAUAACACAUGAAAUCAUGAAUAAAAUCUUUUAAAUCUAAACACAAAA